GUUCUCCUCUCUCUUCCCCCAGUCCCCUCCUCGGAAGUAGACGUAUCUGUCUAUAUUCCGUUCUUUUAUUUUUAUACAUUUUUUACAGAAACCCCUUUUCCCCAGCACUUAGCACCAUGGAAGCCAAGAUGGACGACUAAACUGAAGAACGGGUAACCGAUUUCACCCCCUAAUUUAUCCUUGAAUUGAGUGGACCGGAUGAAAUCCAACUGUGGUUUUCUCCGCUUCGCAGGGGAGGUAGCUGUAUCCGGUGGGGAGGUAGGCUCAACCAGGGAAGGAAAGAAUGAAGUUCACUGAACCCUGGGGACACCAGAGGCUGUCUUUUCUUCUGGAAAAGGCCGCCUCUAGGGAAGCCAAGAUGUGGAAGGUCUACGUGCCAAAGAAGCCCUCCUCACAGGAUACAGACAUCUCCCCGGCCCAGCGAGACGAGGCUGUGCGCUGGUUGACGGAGCUCCACAGCAGACUGCAGCUGUACCCAGAGACCCUGGUGUUAGCUGUUAGCAUCUUGGACCGCUUCCUCGCUCCCAUCAAGGCCCGUCCAAAGUACCUGCGCUGCAUCGCCAUCGCCUGCUUCUUCCUGGCUGCCAAGACAUGUGAGGAGGACGAGUGUGUGCCCUCUCUGAAGGAGCUGGCCGCUUCCAGCGACUGUGGCUGUUCUCCAUCAGAGAUCCUGAGGAUGGAGAGGAUCAUCCUGGACAAACUGAACUGGGACCUGCACACCGCCACAGCACUGGACUUCCUGCACAUUUUCCAUGCAAUGGUGUUGUCCUGUCGUUCUGGGUUUUUGGACUCCAUGUUGGGACUGAACCGCUCUCAGCACCUCGCCCUGCUCACACAGCGACUCUACCACUGUCUGGCUGACCACCAACUCAUACAGCUCAGAGGAUCCAUGCUGGCCUUGGCCCUCAUCACCCUGGAGCUGGAGACCUGCUGUCCCGAUUGGCUGGCUCUUACCAUUGACCUGCUGAGGAGGGCACAGAUCGACAGCUCUGAGUUGAUUAGGAGUCGAGAGCUGGUGGCUCGUAGUCUGUCCACACUGAGAGCUUCCCUGCCUCCAAACACUGUCUACAUCUACCUGCCCCUGCAGAGCCAAACCACCCUGCAGCGUCCGGCCCAGGACCCUACACUCCCCCGCUGCACACUGGGGACCAUCACCUCCACCACCGAGUCUUCCAGGGACCACGUCACCGCCUCCUCUUCCCAGCCGCGGACACCUGCUGGAGGGGAGGAGGAGGAGGAGAGUCUGCAGCCUUGGAGCUCCUCCUCCACAGACAGCAGCAUCCCGGCUCUUCUCUCCCCACCCAAAAACCAUCGUAACCACCUGCAGAAGGUCACGCUGCGCUGCAAGGCCUCCGCCAAGCGCAAGGUGGAGGAGAUGGAGGUCGACGACUUCUAUGAUGGCAUCAAACGCCUCUACAACGAAGACGUCACCACCAUCGCCGUCCAGGAGGGGGCAACACCUGCGUCGGGGGCGGUACCAACAGGUGGAGGAGGAGGAGGUCUGAACACCUGCAGUGUCCUGUUGUCCCGACAGGAAGGCAGCUCUUCCCCCUGCCCGCCUCUGCAGCCAGUCAGUGCCUCCUAAAGACCAAACAGGAAGCUGAUUACCAAAACCACCUCAACACCGACAUCCUCUUCCUGUUUCACUUUCAGCUUAAAGUCCUCCAGUCAAAGUAAUACAAAUAAAUUUUGACCAAACAGUGACACUGGGCAGUUCUUGUGGCAACAGUAAUGGACAACUCCCUUAGCAAUAGGCAAUGAAAGAGAAAGAUUUUGUUCAGUGUGUCCAUUUGCAUUAAAAAGCAAUAUAGAGGCAGCUCCUUGGGGAACGUUGCCCAUCAGAGUUGCCACAGAAAAUUGCCCUGUACUGUAUGUUGACGAAACAUACAGUACAGAGGAAAAUACUUACAGAUGAUGUCAGUGGUUAAGGUGGUUUUGGUUUUGGUGCAGAUGACCCCAGCGUGAUCCGGAGCCGUUCAGCUGUCCUGAGGUUAGCUCCCAUCAUCCCCUGCAGCAGAACGACAGAGCCCAAAAAAAUUUAAACAUUCAAAAAAUAAAAAAACCUGCUGCUGCUGCUACUAUCUGAUUAGUGAUAUUUGUUAAACACCAAUACAAUGUUACAAAAGGUUUAAAAAAAUAAUAAAUAGAAAAAGUUAUCUUCAAAAAAAAAAAA